AUAGUGUGUUGAGUUCACAAAUUUGUAAAAAUACAACUAGCUAUAAAUAUACACUACAUAGAGUUGGGAGUCUCGCACAGCUUACAGAAAUUAAAAAAAUAAAAAUAAAUCUCUCCUCUUGGUAUCAAGUGCUCGUAGUCAAUAUUCAUUCUCUCCAAUGGAGUUGGGAAGUAUUGUGCAGUUCCUUGAGAACAGGACCAUUUUGGUCACUGGUGCCACUGGCUUUCUGGCGAAGAUUUUCGUGGAGAAGAUUCUCAGGGCUCAGCCAAAUGUGAAGAAACUUUAUCUUCUCUUGCGAGCCCCGGACUCUAAGGCAGCUUUACAACGUCUCAACACUGAGAUCUUAGCAAAGGAGCUGUUCAGGGUUUUAAAAGAGCGACUGGGCUCUGAUUUAUACACGCAUCUGUCGAAAAGAGUGACCCCCGUUGCUGGUGACAUAACUCACGAGAACUUGGGAGUCAAGGACUCCGCGAUGCUCCAAGAGAUGUGUCGAGAAGUUGAUAUUGUUGUCAACAUAGCUGCCACAACUAACUUCGACGAAAGGUAUGACAUUUCGCUAGCUCUCAACACAUUUGGUGCAGAACAUGUGUACAACUUCGCUAUGAAGUGCAGCAAGAUAAAGUUGCUUUUGCAUGUGUCCACAGCGUAUGUUUGCGGUGAAAAAACUGGACUGAUAGUGGAGGAUCCGUAUAAAAUGGGGGAGACGCUCAACGGAGAACGAGGGCUCGACGUAAACCACGAGAAGCAAGUAAUAGAGGAAGCACUCUUUCAGCUGAAUCAACAAAACGCUACCAAUGAAGCCAUCACUGCAGCCAUGAAGGAGCUGGGGAUCCAAAGGGCAAGGCAUUAUGGAUGGCCAAACACGUACGUCUUUACAAAAGCCAUGGGAGAGAUGUUACUCGGGGAGAUGAAUCUCAACAAGCAGCUUCCCCUUGUUAUUGUUCGUCCCACCAUUAUCACCAGCACCUACGAAGAACCCUUUCCUGGUUGGGUUGAAGGCAUCAGAACCGUUGACAGCCUAGCGGUUGGCUAUGGUAAAGGAAAGCUAACAUGCUUCCUCGGUGAUCCAGAUUCGAAUAUUGACCUGAUUCCAGCGGAUAUGGUGGUGAAUACAAUGAUUGUGGCCAUGGCAGCUCACUCAAAUGAGCCGGAAUGCGAAGUCAUAUAUCAUGUCGGAUCCUCAUUUUCGAACCCGGUAAAGUACAAUGACGUCAAAAAUUUUGGUCGAUUUUAUUUCACCCGAACUCCAUGGAUCAACAAGGAUGGCAAGGCUGUUAAAGUGGGCGAUGUUACUGUCCUCAGCUCCAUGCCCAGCUUCCGCAGAUACAUGGCCAUCCGUUACCUGCUCCCGCUCAAGGGACUGCAAUUAGUGAAUAUAGGGCUUUGCCAGCUGCUGCAAGAAAAGUACGUUGAUCUAAGCCGAAAAGUCAAGUAUGUCUUGAGGAUGGUUGAGUUGUAUGAACCCUACUUGUUCUUCAAGGGAGUAUUUGAUGACAUGAACACUGAGAAACUGAGGAAGGCAGCUGAAGAAAGUAGUGAUGCUGAGACGGAUGUUUUCUAUUUUGAUCCCAAAUGUAUUGACUGGGAAGACUACUUUGUCAAUACACAUCUAGCUGGACUUGUAAAAUAUGUACUCAAGUAGUACUCAUCCAAUCCAGAAAAUUUGUGAUGUAUUAUUUAAUUACCACACAUAAAUGAAUUGUUUUUUUUAUA